UUUCUUCCUUCCCAGGCUUCCCUGGAAGCGGCUCAGUCCGCCUCAGUCCUCCUCGGGCAGCAGGUCGUCGCAGAUCUCCACCAUGAGCACGCUGAACCAGCAGUACGAGGAGAAAGUGCGUCCCUGCAUCGACCUGAUCGACUCGCUGCGCUCCCUGGGAGUGGAGAAGGACCUGGCGCUGCCCGCCAUCGCCGUGAUCGGAGACCAGAGCUCGGGGAAGAGCUCCGUGCUGGAGGCGCUGUCCGGGGUGGCUCUGCCCAGAGGGAGCGGUAUUGUCACAAGAUGCCCUUUGGAACUAAAGAUGAAGAGAAAGACUGACGGAGACCCGUGGUUUGGAAAGAUCAGCUACCAGAAUCACGAGGAAGAGAUCAAAAAGCCUGGAUUGGUGGAGAAAAAGAUCCGAGACGCUCAAGAUAAAAUGGCCGGGUCCGGGGUGGGGAUCAGCGACGAGCUCAUCACUUUGGAGAUCGCCUCCCCUGAUGUUCCCGACCUGACGCUCAUUGACCUGCCCGGUAUCGCCAGAGUGGCGGUCGAGGAUCAACCGGUGAACAUUGGUGAUCAGAUUAAAAGGCUGAUCCAGAAGUUCAUCCAGAAGCAGGAAACCAUCAGCUUGGUGGUCGUUCCGUGCAACGUGGACAUUGCGACCACCGAGGCUUUGAAGAUGGCACAGGAAGUGGACCCUGACGGAGAAAGGACUGUUGGUAUCUUGACCAAGCCUGACUUGGUGGACAAAGGCACUGAGGACACACCGGUUCGAAUCGUCCACAACGAAGUCAUCUGUCUGAAGAAAGGCUACAUGAUCGUCAAGUGCAGAGGUCAGAAGGAGAUCACAGACAAGGUCUCUCUUCCUGAGGCACUACAACGGGAAGAGGACUUUUUUAAAGAGCAUGCACAUUUCCAGAUCCUCUACGAAGAGGGUAAAGCUACUGUUCCUAAACUGGCGGAAAAGCUCACCCUUGAACUGGUGCAACACAUUGUUAAAAACCUGCCUCAUCUGGAAGAGCAAAUAAAGAAAAAAAUCCAAAAAGCUCAAACACAGCUGGACAGGUUGGGCAGCGGACCUCCUCUGGACACAGCUGAGAGACUCGGCUUCCUCAUCGAUAAAGUGACAGAAUUUACACAGGACGUGAUCUGUCUCACCAAAGGAGAGGACCUAAAGUGUCAGUUCAGGUCCAACAUCUUCUUCAAGCUCCGGGACCAAUUUCAAGUUUGGAAACAGACCAUUGACAGUUCCGGAAACAAAUUCAAUCAGAAUAUUCAGAAGGAGGUGGCCCAGUAUGAAUUAAAGUACCGUGGAAGAGAGCUGCCUGGGUUCAUCAACUACAAGACUUUCGAGGCCAUGAUCCAGGACCAGAUCAAGAAGCUGGAGCAACCUGCUGUCCUAAAACUCAUGACAGUGUCAGAAAUGGUAAAGGAGGAGCUUUGUCAAUUGGCCGAGAAAAGUUUGUUUGGGUUUCCGAACCUCAUCAGAGCAGCAAAGAUGCAGAUUGAAUCCAUCCGAAACAACAAGCAAGAGACAGCAGAGUCCAUGCUGAGGUCUCAGUUCAGGAUGGAGAUGGUUGUUUACACUCAGGACAGCAGAUACAGCAAGAAGCUAGGCAAGCGCAAGAGAGAAGACGAAGCUGCCCGGACCGUCAAUUGGGUCUUCAGCGAGAGUGAAGCAACCCUGAAAGAGAUGAUGAAGCACAUCAAAUCCUACUACCAGAUUGUUGGCCAGCGCCUUGCAGACCAGAUCCCGCUGGUGAUCCGCUACUACAUGCUGCAGGAGUUAGCCGCACAGCUGCACCGGGAGAUGCUGCAGAUGAUUCAGGACAAGGCGACGUCGGAGCUGAUGCUGCAUGAGGAUAGCGACAUUGACACGCAGAGGACGCACUGCAUGGCGAGUCUCAAGCGUCUGUCGGCGGCACGCAGGCUGCUGGGGAGAUUCAGUAUGAAAAUGUAGUUUAGUGUGAGGAUCUUCUACUGCCUCUUGCGGGCCGAUUUUGAAUAACGGACCUUAUCUUUGACACCCAGACAUUUCCUUUGUUUCGCCUGGUGUUAAUGAUGUGUUUGCACAGUCCUGCAGUGAUUUUUCUUGUCCAAUUAAGAAAUUCCUACACUCCACUGUCAUAUGCUGCAGCAUCUGUUCAGUCAUAUUAAAGAUGAAGGAAUCAGUUAAGGUUUGUAAAUCCUUCUGAAAGCCUGUAGAUUUUGAACUCCUGAUCUCUCGUGUAGUACGUUAAUUUAGGUUACCUGUAUGUCGGUAUAUCUGCUGUACUUCAUAUUUAGCCUUGUUUUAUGUUUUCACAUAGCUUUUCCAGUGUGCACUUCCAUGUAUCUUCAUUCUCAAUAUGUAUUGUAUGCACAGAAUUAUGCUUUGUUGUAACAAUAUUUCUUGCCAAUAAAUCACUGUGAAGUUUGUUUACUUGAA